AUGCCAGUAACCACCUUUGACUUCAAGGAGAAGUACAGGUACCAGAAUGGCUUCGGCUCGUAUUUCGAGACUGAGGCGGUACCAGGAGCCCUCCCAGUAGGCCAGAACUCACCACAGAAGCCACCACACGGCCUGUACGCCGAGAAGCUGUCAGGGACGGCUUUCACGGCGCCGAGGCAUGAGAACCAGCAGUCGUGGCUCUACCGGAUACUGCCCUCGUGCGCUCACCCAAACUUCGAGGAGAGCUCCAGCGGGCCUUUCACAGCAGACAAGCCGUACAGCCCGAAGAAGCUGAAGUAUGUGCCCAACCAGCUGCGAUGGGAUCCAUUCGACCACAAUGAACAGACGGACUUCGUGGCCGGCCUUCGCCUUACUGCCGGUGCUGGUGACCCUACAUUGAAGCAUGGCGUCGGCUACUACGUUUUCUCAGCAGGCAAGUCAAUGGACGCCAACUCUGCCUUCUAUUCCGCGGACGGCGACCUCUUGAUCGUCGCCCAGGAGGGUGUUCUAGACAUCAGGACGGAGCUGGGCUGGCUGCUCGUCCGUCCCAUGGAGAUCGCUGUCAUCCCUCGAGGUGUCAAGUAUCAAGUGCAUCUGCCCUCUGGCCCCAUCCGUGGAUACGCGCUGGAGCUGUAUUCGAAGCAUUUUACUCUUCCGGAACUCGGCCCCAUCGGGUCCAACUGUCUGGCCAACGCCCGGGAUUUUCAGGCCCCCGUCGCUUCUUUCAGUGAAGACUUUGGCGCCACGGCCGCCGAAGGAUCCAACACCUAUACGAUCAUCUCCAAGUUCAACAACUCGCUGUUCACAACGCAGCAGGCUCAUACGCCGUUCGAUGUCGUUGCAUGGCACGGCACCUACUACCCGUACAAGUACGACCUGGGCAGAUUCAACACCAUCGGAUCCAUCUCCUUUGAUCACCCGGAUCCCUCUAUUUUCACUGUCCUGACCUGCCAAUCUGACCAGGCAGGCACGGCAAUCGCUGACUUCGUCAUCUUCCCGCCGCGCUGGCUCGUCGCUGAGAACACAUUCCGGCCGCCCUGGUACCACCGCAACACCAUGUCCGAGUUUAUGGGCCUGAUUGGCGGCGUGUAUGAUGCCAAGAAGGGCGGCAAGGGAGGUUUCAUGCCCGGGGGUGCAAGUCUGCACAAUGUGAUGAGCGGGCAUGGCCCAGAUGCGGCUAGCUACGAGGGCGCGAGAAAUGCGGACCUCCAACCUCAGCUGGUCGGCAAGGACAGCUGUGCUUUCAUGUUCGAGAGCUGCCUUAUGGUUGGCGUGACCGAAUGGGGCCUGGAGACCUGCAACAAGGUACAGAAUGCCUACAACGACCACAGUUGGGGUGGAGUCAAGGUUCACUGGAAGAAGCCCGAGGGCGCGAGCACGGACAGUCAUUUGCUGAAAUAA